AUGGCGUACCGUAAGCUCGUGCCGCCACGUCACGUCGAAGAAGCCAUGCAGCACCUCCAGUCGACUGCGCAGCACGCCACGUCGUCCAAGCGUGGUUUGCCCCGUGACGUCGCCCACGCACUCGAGCGACGCAGCUCGACCAACCAGUUUGCGCUCGCGACGGACGCCAAGUCGCUGCACCAAAAGCAAAAGAGCUCGGCGCGCUACGUCGACAUUAAAUUUCACCCCUAA